AUUUCAGAUUAUUCACUCGGAUCGAGGUCACCCAUCCUACAGAAAACAAGUCACCGGACACAGGAAGCUUACGCCCCCAAAUCGAGCCCAUGACGAGUGAAUUGCCGUCAAGUACCAGCCUCUGUAAUGAGUGAAUGGAGGGGACUGGUGGAAGAGUCUAUGUUUGGGUUUAACGAAGUUGUGGUAUAUUUUAUCUGCAACAAAAAACUAUAAUGCGUUGUUAAGUAAAAUAUUGACCAUAUAUUUGUCAGAAUAACUGAGUAAUAUGAAUUAAAACAAAUAUUUGAUGUUAAUUUUUCAGUAAAUGGCUAUAUAUGGAUUGAAUUAACCUACGAUUAUUUUUUUGAUAUUUCCAACACUACAUUACAACCUGUACAACUGUACAAAAUACACUACGGUAGUACAUUUUGUAUAUAAAAUACAUUGGAAUACACAGAACUACACUCAACAUUGACAUGGCUUCCAAUGCUCUCUUCGAUUUUGAAGCUGUUCGGGAGGAAUUUUCUAAAUGCGUGAAAAAAUGUAAACCCUUUGACAAUCUUACUGAAAUAGAAAACUGCUUCAGUAACUCGGAUGGAAGUGAUUCUGAGAAGAAGACGGCUCUUGAUCAGUCAUUCAGAGAUGUGCUGCAUGGUCUUAUUAAAGAAAACAGUGAUUGUACUGUAUACAAAGGCCUGAUCAAUCAGGUUGUGUUGUGUGUGAAACAAGAAUUUUGUAAUGCCUCGACACCGUUCCUCAUCCUCUCAGAUAUUUUUGACUCUGUUACCUUGGACAAAUGCGAAGCCGUUUUCACCUAUGUGGAGGAGGGUGUUGCAGAAUGGAAGUCGGAGACUUUCUACACCGCUGGGAAGAAUUACUUGCUGAGAAUGUGCAAUGAUCUCCUUCGAAGGCUUUCCAAGUCACAGAACACUGUUUUCUGUGGACGAAUUCAGUUGUUCUUGGCAAGGUUGUUCCCCUUGUCUGAGAAGUCAGGUCUGAAUCUGAUGAGCCAGUUCAACUUAGAUAACAUCACGAAAUUUGACUUGAAAGAUGAUGAACAGUUCUUCAAGCCGGAAGAUGCAGAUAAGAGUAAAGAAGAGGGGAUGGAAAUUGAAGAAGGUGAAAUGGAAGAACAGCCUCCAAACUCUGUCCCAAUUGACUAUAACAUGUACAGAAAGUUCUGGUCACUACAGGAUUACUUCAGGACACCAGUCCAGUGCUAUGACAAGUUGGCUUGGAGGAAAUUCACCAGCAAUGCCAGCGACGUCCUGAGUGCAUUUGCCAGUUACAAACUUGACGAUAUCAGAUCUUCUAAGAAAAAGCUAGAACAUCUUCGCCAGACCAGAUCAGAAACAUACUUUGCUAAGUACCUGACAAGUUCAAAGCUUUUAGAUCUACAGUUGAGUGACAGCAACUUCAGACGAUAUGUCCUUGUUCAGUUCUUGAUACUCUUCCAGUAUCUCAAUGCUGCAGUCAAAUUUAAAAGUGCUGACCAUGUGUUAAACGAUGAACAGGCCAACUGGGUGAAGGAGACCCAGGCCAAGAUCAUGCAGUUGAUCAAAGAGACACCACCAGAUGGAGAUAAGUUUGCCAAGUACAUUGAGCAUGUAUUGAACCGAGAGGAGCAUUGGAAUAGCUGGAAGAAUGAUGGCUGUCCAAGUUAUGUCAGAGAGAUGCCACAGGAGGAAAACAAACCUAAAGUAUUCAGAAGAAAAAGAAGCAUGGGUGAUGACAUCAAGGCCAGCGGUGGAAAGAUCAUCAAAAUGGGAAACUCCGAGUUAACACGUCUGUGGAAUCUCUGUCCUGAUAAUCUGGAAGCCUGCAAGGCUGAUAAAAGAGUUUUCCAGCCAUCUUUGGAGGGAUUCUUCGAAGAUGUGAUUGAACAAACCAAUCCUGCCAAUCAAAUUGACAAUGAAUACAAGGACUACCUGAAACCUAACUGGCAGUGGGUUGCCCUGCGGCUUCUAUCAAAGAGAAGUCCACACUUUUUCUCUCCAACGAAUCAACCAGGAAAGACACUUGUGCAGUACUUGGAGAAUUUAUUGGGGCAAAUGGCAAAAGAGAUGCCAUCAGCAACUGAAGAUCAGAAGGUUGAUGAAGAGGAAGGAAUCAAGGAGGACCAAGGACAGGAUGAAGAGUUACAGGAAGAGCCAGUGAGAGACGAGAACACGGAUCUGUUAAGCUCUGAGCAGAUUCAGGCAUUGGCUGGUGAACUGGCUGAGGACUGGAGGAGACUCGCCGUCGAGUUGAACUUCUCUGAAGAAGACAUCGGAGCAUUUGAAAAUGAGGAAGAAGAGGAGAAGGCUAGAGCAGAGCAGAUGUUACUCUCCUGGCAGGUGAGUGCAGGUGAUGCGGCCACAUCAACUUCACUUCAUCAGUCAUUGAAAGAGAUUGGAUUGUCAGCCAUUGGAAACAGUGUAUUCGGGGCAGAUAAGGACAGUUGAGGGAGUUCAUGUGCAUUAUAAGUCAAGGAAAAAAACACUGCCAUAUUGUAAACUGUGCUCUGUGAAGUUAAUUUGGGAUGACAUGUGAUGCUGAUAGCCCCUACAAAAUCCUCAAGGCUGUGAGGUAUCAAUCUAUGGACAAGCCCAGAAUAUGGCCUAUUGAACAACAGAUCAGCAAUGCUGCUGCGAGUGUGACGUCUCACAUUUUGUAUAUUUGUGCAAAUUCUUGUAAAACAGAAGUCUGAAAGUACAAGUAGAAGUGUGUUUUUUAAUAAAAAUCUAGCAAACUUCAA